AUGGCUUCCAAGCUGAUAUUAGUAUUGGCCCUAGUGCCUUUAAGUAUGGCCUAUCCACCUGAUCAUCACGAUGCCGAGAAAGAACAGUACAUGGCAUGGAAAGAAAAGAUGGAAAAGGAAAAGCAAGAAUACAUGGCUUGGAAAGACAAACAAAUGGAUGAACAUAAGGACCAAUUCAUGGAAUGGAAAGAAAAGCAUGACGAUAUGGUAGACGAGUUUAAGGAUUGGAAAGAGGACAAACAUGAUGAAAUGAAGAAAAAAUUCAUGGAAUGGAAAGAGAAACAAGAUGCCAUGAAAGAAAAAUUCAUGGAAUAUCAACAUAAAGAGAAGGAACAACAGAAAAAAGAAUUCAUGGAAUGGAAAAACAAAAUGGAACAAAAGUCCAUGAAAGACGGCGAAGAUAUGAAACACAUGGAUGACGACAGAAUGAAAAUGAUUAAAAAAUGGCACAUGUGGGAAGAAAAAAUGCAAGGCUUAGAACACUUUGAUAAAAUGAUGGUUGAAUUCAAAGGUAAAGCACAUAAAUUUGUCAUGAAAGUUGUUCAUCAAAUGCUGGAGUUUUGCAACAGCGCAGAAACAUCAGAUGCAAUGAAAGGUAUGCUUGGAAAUGCAGGUAUGCAGGGAGAUAAUGGCGAUAAAAUGGGAAUGGAUGGUAGUUCGAUGCCUUCUGACAUGCACUUUCCCACAAAUAUGGACAGCGAAGAAGAAAUGAAAGCACUAGCCGAGAAGGUUAGAAAAAUGUCCGAAGAAAACCAGAAGAAGCUUUACAUUGGUGGAAUGAUCAAAAGUAUGUGUACUGGAGCCAAGACGUACGCCCUCCACGCUUAUGAAUGGAAGAAAAAAUAUUUAUUGCAUUAAUCUGAGUAAGCAUAAAGUACUAUUAGGUUACCAUGAUUAGUUGACUUGGAAGACCUGAAUCAACAUCAUCGUCCUCACGUCAACUCUUCCAGUUGAUAAACAAAUUCACAUGUGAACUCAAUAUUUUAUAUUUUUACUUUUUGGAAUAAAAUAAUAAUUUUUU